GCGGCGCGGCCUGGGGGCCGGCGCCCGAGAGCCGCUCGGGAAGCCUUUUCCUAGUGCCCAGGCUUUCGGGUGUAACUCAUCCGCUGCCCCGGACGCCCCGGCCUCCCACCUCGGCCCGAGGUCGAGGCCCGUUUGGCGCCCUCUCCCCUUAAAAAGGAGGGAAGGGAAGGAGGCUGGCAGCCCGAGCCCAGCGCCAGGAUUGUGUUCGGGCAUCAGGGUACCAUGCCAGUGGAAAGGAUGAGAAUGCGCCCAUGGCUGGAGGAACAGAUAAACUCGAAUACGAUACCAGGGCUAAAGUGGCUUAACAAGGAGAAGAAGAUUUUCCAGAUCCCCUGGAUGCAUGCAGCUAGACAUGGAUGGGAUGUGGAAAAAGAUGCACCUCUCUUCAGAAACUGGGCAAUCCACACAGGAAAGCAUCAACCAGGAGUAGAUAAACCUGAUCCCAAAACAUGGAAGGCCAAUUUUCGAUGUGCCAUGAAUUCCUUGCCUGACAUUGAAGAAGUUAAGGAUAAAAGUAUAAAGAAAGGAAACAAUGCCUUCAGAGUGUAUCGAAUGUUGCCCUUAUCUGAACGACCUUCUAAGAAAGGAAAGAAACCAAAGACGGACAAAGAAGACAGAGUUAAGCACAUCAAGCAAGAACCAGUUGAGUCAUCUUUGGGGCUUAGUAAUGGAGUAAGUGAUCUUUCUCCUGAGUAUGCGGUCCUGACUUCAGCUAUAAAAAAUGAAGUGGAUAGUACGGUGAACAUCAUAGUUGUAGGACAGUCCCAUCUGGAUAGCAACAUUGAGGACCCAGAGAUUGUCACUAACCCACCAGACAUUUGCCAAGUAGUAGAGGUGACCACUGAGAGUGAUGAUCAGCCAGUCAGCAUGAGUGAGCUCUACCCUCUGCAGAUCUCCCCCGUGUCUUCCUAUGCAGAAAGCGAAACUACGGAUAGUGUGCCCAGUGACGACGAGAGCGCCGAGGGGAGACCACACUGGCGGAAGAGGAACAUUGAAGGCAAACAGUACCUCAGCAACAUGGGGACAAGGAGUACUUACCUGCUGCCCGGUAUGGCGACCUUUGUCACUUCCAACAAGCCAGAUCUGCAGGUCACCAUCAAGGAGGAGAGUUGUCCGGUGCCUUACAACAGCUCCUGGCCCCCAUUCACAGACCUCCCUAUCUCUGCCUCUGUGUCCCCUGCACCUAGCAGCAGUCGGCCUGACCGGGAAACCCGGGCCAGUGUCAUCAAGAAAACAUCGGAUAUCACCCAGGCCCGAGUCAAGAGCUAUUAAGCCUUUGACUGUCCCUGGUGGUUGUUGGGGUUUCUUGGCUUUGUGUUGUUGUUUGUUUGUAUUUUAUUUUUCUCUUUGACACCUAUUUUAGACAAAUCUAAGGGGGAAAAAAAAAAAAACCUUGACAAUAGAACAUUGAUUGCUGUGUCCAACUCCAGUACUGGAGCUUCUUUUUAACUCAGGACUCCAGCCCUUUGGUAGACACAUAUCUCUAGAACCUGCUGGAUCGCCCAGGGCUACUCCCUCAAGUUCAAGGACCAACAGCCACACGGGCAGUGAAGGUGCUGCAUUGCCUACGGUCAAGGCCAGCAUGGUGGAGUGGAUGGCCUCAGAAUGGACGAGAAAAUGUGAACUAGCUGGAAUUUUUUAUUCUUGUGAAUAUGUAUAUAGGGCAGUACUAGCAACAUUGCAGUCUGCUUCUGCACCUUAUCUUAAAGCACUUACGAUAGGCCUUCUUGUGAUCUUGCUCUAUUUUACAUUCAGCCGUCCCCUUCUGUGCCCAUUACCCCACCUCCCAACGAUCCCACCCAGUCCAUUCCUCCUUUUCCUCCCCUCAAGGCUGCGUUGCACAUCCUGGAGGAGGGGAAGAAGAAAACUUCUCCACAGAUGUCCCAUUUUAAGACUGCUUUAAAAAAAAAAUCUCUAAUCUGCUAUGCUUGAAUGCCACGCGGUACAAAGGAAAACUAUCAUGGAAAGAAAUAGUGUGCAAAUUCCCAGAUUUUCAAGACAAAAAUACUCUAAUUCUAACCAGAGCAAGCUUUUUUUAUUUUUUAUACAGGGGAAUAUUUUAUUCAAGGUAAAAAAAAAUUCUAAAUAAAAUAUAAUUGUUUUUUAUCUUUUCUACAGCAAAUUUAUAAUUUUAAGAUUCCUUUUCUUGUUUAUCAGCAGUUGUAUUACAUCCUUGUGGCACAUUUUUUUUAAUUUUGUAAAGGUGGGAAAAAAAAGCUUUUAUGAGCUCAUGUAGCAAUCAAAUUAUCCUGUGGAUUGAUAAUAAAUGAAUAUGAUAUAUAGUUAAAUUUUUAA